AUGGGUGAUGGAUGGAGAGAUACAAGACAAAGACCAUUGAUUAAUUUUCUGGUCUACUGCCCCAAAGGAGUCACAUUUAUAAAGUCUGUCGAUGCUUCUGAUAUUUAUACCAAUGCAGAAAAUCUCUGUAAUUUGUUUGCAGAGAUUGUAGAAUUGAUUGGUCCUGCUAAUGUUAUUCAUUUAGUGACAGACAAUGCACCAAAUUACAAAGCUUCGGGCAGGUUACUUGUUGAGAGAUAUCCUACACUUCAUUGGUCUCCAUGUGCAGCACAUUGUAUCAAUUUGAUACUAGAGGAUAUUGGAAAGUUACCAGAUGUUGAGGAGUUAGCAAAUCGUGCUUCAAGGGUAACUAUAUUUGCUUACAACCACAAAUGGAGUUUAAAUUACUUGAGGAAAAGAGUUGGUUGGAGAGAGAUUAUUCGUCCUGGAGAAACUCGUUUUGCUACAACUUUUAUAGCUUUACAGAGUUUAUAUCAACGUAGAGAUGACUUGCAAGCAAUGGUUAUUGAUCAAGAUUUUAAGCAGUUUUUGAAAACACAAAAAGGGAAGACUGUGAAGCAAGUGGUUCUUGAUGAAUUUUUUUGGAACAGCUGCUUGAUCAUAGUGAGGAUGAUGGCUCCUAUCAUACGACUGUUGCGAGUUUGUGAUGCUGAUGAGAAGCCAUCAUUGGCUUAUGUGUACGAAGGAAUGUACAGAGCAAAGUUAGGUAUCAAGAAGCUAUGCAAAAAUAAGAAAGAGCUUUAUAAGCCUUACACUACACUUAUCAGCGGGAGGUGGGAUAGAAUGUUGCGCCAUGACCUACAUGCUGCUGCUUAUUAUUUAAAUCCAGCUUUUAUGUACGAGCAAGAUACCUUCUCAACAAAAUCAGAGGUUAUGAGAGGGAUGCUAAAUGUGAUUGAUAAGCAGAAUGUGAGUGGAUCUACUAAAACAAAGAUGGUUGGACAACUUAAUUACUAUCGAGAGCGUGAACUUGGCUUCUCUGGAUCAAUGGCGCUAAUGUGUAGUAAGACUACACGACCAGGUAACUAA